AUGUCUGUGAAAAAAGUGAGACAGAAGAUGCUAAAGAGGCUAGAGAAAUCACGUGUUUGCUCAAAGUGUUGUCGAAUAUUCAAAACACGACAAGAUCUAGCAAUCCACAUGAGAGUUCACUCCGAUGAGAGACCCUUCAGCUGCUUAGAAUGUGGCAAAACAUUCAAAACUAAAACUCAUCUGGAACAACACAUGAGAGUUCACUCAGAUGAGAGACCCUUUAGCUGCUCAGAAUGUGGCAAAACAUUCAAAACUAAAUACGACCUGGCAAGCCACAUGAGGGUUCACUCAGAGGAGAGACCCUUCAGCUGCUCAGAAUGUGGCAAAACAUUCAAAACUAAAGGAGACCUGGCAAGCCACAUGAGAGUUCACUCCAAUGAGAGACCCUUCAGCUGCUUAGAAUGUGGCAAAACAUUCAAAACUAAAACUCCUCUGGAACAACACAUGGCAGUUCACUCAGAUGAGAGACCCUUUAGCUGCUCAGAAUGUGGCAAAACAUUCAAAACUAAAUACGACCUGGCAAGCCACAUGAGGGUUCACUCUGAGGAGAGACCCUUCAACUGCCCAGAGUGUGGCGAAACAUUCAAAACUAAAGGAGAACUGGGACAACACAUGAGAGUUAACUCCGAUGAGAAACCCUUCAGCUGCUCAGAAUGUGGCAAAAGAUUCAAAACUAAAAAACAACUUGCAAGCCACAUGAGGGUCCACUCAGAGAAGAGACCCUUCAGCUGCUCAGACUGUGGCAAAAAAUUCAAAACUAAAUACGACCUGGCAAGACACAUGACAGUUCACUCAGAUGAGAAACUCUUCAGCUGCACAGAAUGUGGCAAAACAUUCAAAACUAAAGGAGAACUGGGACAACACAUGGGAGUUCAUUCAGAGGAGAGACCCUUCAGCUGCCACGACUGUGGCAAAACAUUCAAAACUGAAAGAGAACUGGCAAAUCACAUGAGAGUUCAUUCAGAGGAGAGACCCUUCAGCUGCCCGGACUGUGGCAAAACAUUCAAAACUAAAACUCAUCUGAAACAACACAUGGCAGUUCACUCAGAUGAGAGACCCUUUAGCUGCCCAGACUGUGGCAAAACAUUCAAAACUGAAAGAGAACUGGCAAGACACAUGACAGUUCACUCAGAUGAGAAACCCUUCAGCUGCUCAGACUGUGGCAAAACAUUCAAAACUAAAUACGACCUGGCAAGACACAUCCUCUAUCACUCAGAGGAGAGACCCUUCAGCUGCUUAGAGUGUGACAAAACAUUCAUAACUAAAGGAGAACUGGGACAACACAUGAGAGUUCAUUCAGAGGAGAGACCCUUCAGCUGCUUAGAAUGUGGCAAAACAUUCAAAACUGAAAGAGAACUGGCAAAACACAUGAGAGUUCAUUCAGAUGAGAGACCCUUCAGCUGCCCGGACUGUGGCAAAACAUUCACAACUGAAAGAGAACUGGCAAGACACAUGAGAGUUCACUCAGAUGAGAGACCCUUCGGCUGCUCAGACUGUGGCAAAACAUUCAAAACUAAAUACGACCUGGCACAACACAUGAGAGUUCACUCAGAGGAGAGACCCUUCAGCUGCUCAGAAUGUGGUAAAACAUUCAAAACUAAAGGAGAACUGGGACAACACAUGAGCGUUCAUUCAGAGGAGAGACCCUUCAGCUGCUCAGAAUGUGGCAAAACAUUCAAAAGAGAAGGAGAACUGGGACAACACAUGAGAGUUCAUUCAGGGGAGAGACCCCACAGCUGCUCAGAGUGUGGCACAACUUUCCAAAGAGAACCUGCAUUGAUAAAACACAUGAGAGUUUGCACUGGAGAAAGACCCUAG